GCGGUUGGUGGUGCGCGCGGCGAGAUAACUGGGCCGAGGGGCGCGCAGAGACUGAGGCAGCAGCAGCAGCGAGAGGCUGGGCGGUGAGGGCGCACUACAGGGAGACCUGCAUACAAUCAAUCAUGAGACUCAAAAGGAAACCAAGUUUUUUAACGUGCCACACAUUAGUGUUGUGGGUUCUUCUGACACUUGAGCUUCUCAGUGGUACACCAAGCGGAGAAGAGUUGGUGGUCACAACUAGUCAAGGAAAAGUAAAAGGAAUUCCAAUAAAUGUCCUUUCUGGUUCAGUCACUGCUUUUCUGGGUAUACCAUAUGCAGAACCUCCUAUCAAUGAACUUCGAUUUACGAAACCGGAACCUCGACAUCCCUGGUCUGGGUUGUGGAUUGCAAACAAAUAUCCAAACACAUGUUACCAGUAUGUAAACAACUCUUCCCCUGGUUUCUCUUGGGAGGAAAUGUGGAACCCUAACACAAAACUUAGUGAGGAUUGUCUGUAUCUUAAUAUAUGGGUUCCAUCACCAAGACCAAAUAAGGCAGCUGUUAUGGUAUGGAUUUUUGGUGGAGGCUUUGCUUCAGGCACCUCUUCCCUGGCAGUGUAUGAUGGGAGAUAUCUUUCUUAUGUUGAAAAUGUAAUUGUAGUUUCAAUGAACUAUAGGUUAGGUGCUUUGGGUUUCCUAGCUUUACCUGGUAGCCGCAGUGUUCCUGGGAAUGUGGGAUUAUUUGAUCAACGUUUAGCCCUUGAGUGGGUUCAAGAAAAUAUAGCUGCAUUUGGAGGAAACCCCAAAAGUGUGACCUUGUUUGGAGAGAGUGCAGGUGCAGCUUCAGUACAUCUGCAUAUCCUUUCACCAAAAAGCCAUUCUCUCUUUACGAGAGCCAUAAUGCAAAGUGGUUCUUCAAAUGCUCCUUGGGCUGUCUUAAAAGAUGCUGAGGCAAAACGUAGGGCAACAGUUUUGGCCAGCCGCCUUGAAUGUCCUGACAAUAAUGAAACAGAGUUAGUGAGUUGUCUUCAUGGUAAACAUCCCCAAGAGAUAAUAGAAAAGAGUAUUGCAAUCUUAACAGAUUGCCUUUUGCCUGGAUAUGUUUUUUUACCUGUAGUUGAUGGUGAUUUUCUCACUGGCCUGCCAGAAGAAUUAAUCCAAAUGGGAAACUUUAAAGAAAUCCAAAUCUUAACAGGUGUGAACAAACAUGAGGGGAGCUUCUUUUUGGUGUACGAGGUUCCUGGAUUCAAGAAAGAUGCAGAAAGUCUCAUUACUCGUGAAGAAUUCCUGCAUGGUGCAAGGAUGUCUUUUCCUGAAGCUGGUGAUAUUGGAUUAGAGGCUGUUGUUUUUCAAUAUACAGAUUGGACAGAUGAAAACAAUGCAACAAAGAAUCGUGAUGCUUUAGUUGAUCUGUCUGGAGACUACAAUUUUGUAUGUCCACUAAUGGAUUUUGUUAAUGAGUUUGCUAAAUGUGGAAAUACUGCCUACGUUUAUUUGUUUGACCAUCGUGCAUCAAAUGCAGAUUGGCCUGGGUGGAUGGGAGUUAUGCAUGGCUAUGAGAUUGAAUUUGUGUUUGGAAUUCCUCUUGCUGAAAGGCUCAAUUACACAACCGCAGAGCAGACACUCAGCAGGAAAAUGAUGCGCUACUGGGCAAACUUUGCAAAAACUGGUAACCCAAACGAAUCCAAAAUGCAAGGAGUGGAGUGGCCUGAAUAUACGCAGUUCGAACAACAAUACAUAACUUUAAACACAGAAGCACCAAGUAUUUAUGUGAAACACCGUGCUCAGCAGUGUGCCUUUUGGAAUCAAUUUCUUCCUAAACUACUUCAAAGAACAGCAUACAUGGAUGAAGCAGACCAACAGUGGAAGCAGGAAUUCCAUCGAUGGAACUCUUAUAUGUCAGAUUGGAAAAGUAAAUUCAAUGCUUAUAACAGAAAAAUAGAUAGUUGUACUAGUGUUUAAACACUUACGCUUUGCAAAAUCACUUGUGACAAAUAGGAAAAGCUCUGUUUGCUUAAAUGCUUGCUAAGUUUUCAAUGGUAUUAUAGCCUUACGUUAUUAAUUCCUAAGUGCAGAAUAUGUUAUAUAGUAUCAGUAAUAAUUAAUAUACACAUAUUUAUAAAAUGUUUCAUUGUAAAAGCCCUGCUAUCCGUUCCAAGACCACUGCAAAAAUUUUGUUGCAUUUUAGGUUUUUUUUUCUUAACCUCAGUUUUCUCAUUUAAUCUAUUAUUUUCUCUAGCAGUUUUCUGUUUUUGGUUUUGUCCUAUUCCCUGGUUUUCAUUUGAAUUAGAAUGUAUUUACUUUUCAAUUUGAAUCUAUCACCUCAUUUUUGUAUUUCCAGUAUGAUGCUGUAUUUCUACUUUACCUGAAUCUGUUAUUUUUGUUUAGCUGUUCUUUUCAUCAAAUAAUUUAAAUAAUAACAGGAAGACCAAUUAAUAAAAUCAGAAUUUGUCAAAA